AAUAUUUUUACGCAUUCGAUGUUUAUUUAUCGUGAAAGCAGGAAGUGAAAUGUGUUUGUAAUAUUUUAUCAUUAAAAAAUGGCGUCACAAUACGAACAUCUUUUUGAAGAUUUAGGAACAAAAAAACCGUUUGGCGCAAUUCAAACAUGGAGUGCGACGGAAACUCUAUUGGGUUUACUUAUAGUACUGGUUACAUAUCUGGUGUUAGUCGUGAAGUUUUUACCAGCUAUCAUGAAGAACCGCCCAGCGUAUAAACUAAAUAAUUUGUUGUUAUUUUACAACGCAUUUCAAGUCCUCUUCUCGGCGUAUUUAGUUUUUAUUUACACACGGUAUAUUUUGAGAUAUAAUGUAAUAACAACAAGAUGUCCAAAAGAUCAGGAUCUACAGGAGGUCAUCAAUGAAAUCUAUCCUUACUUCAUUGCGAAGCAUUUAGACCUCCUCGAUACAGUCUUCUUCGUGUUUCGGAAGAAAGACAAUCAGAUUACAUUCUUACAUCUGUACCACCACACGACGAUGGUGGGUUGGACAUGGUUCCAUCUGAUGUAUCAUCCGACAGACCAUUUCGUGGUAGUGGGGAUGCUGAACAGCUUUGUUCACGUAUUGAUGUACGCUUACUAUGGGAUAUCAGCGCUAGGGCCGAAAUAUGCGAAGUAUGUUUGGUGGAAAAAGCAUUUGACCAAGGUUCAAUUGGUUCAGUUCAUUUUGGUAGUCUCCCAUUUACAUUACCAGCAGAAGCUGACACCGUGUCCGUUGCCUAAUGCCUUCCACUACUACUGUAUGGCACUAAUUUAUUCGUUCUUCGCUCUUUUUAUGAAUUUCUAUAUUAGAAGCUAUCAAAGCAGAAACAAGAAGAAUGCAAUAAAUUCUAACUAGAACGAUGUUAUUCUGUGUUAUAUCCUCUUUUAGACAUAUUACGACGAAUGAAUUUAUAUGUUACUAAGCAAUAUUUAAAGUAUACGACAAAUAUUA